UACAUUACACUGUUGGCCCUAAUGAUUGGCUGAUCAAAUAAUUGCGUACACUAAUAAAGUGCUUGGUAAAUGAAUGUACGUUAUCUUAAAAUUGCGGUCUUCCAAACUUCACCUACAGCUUCAUGAAGUGGGACCUUCCUGUCUGUAAUGGGUUUGGACUACCAGUAACCGUAGAUGUCUUCCUGGAAUUGCAAUUAUAUUAAUAGAAGAAAGCCCUCUUUACAGAAAAAGGGAAGUGAGUCGUUAACACGCUGGCUAUACUAAAACACUUCCUGAGGAGACCGAGCACCAAUACACAACUCACUGUCAGAUGCUACUUGCAAGAAAACUGGAAACUCUUUUCUCUGGUAGUCCAAAUGGCAGUCUGUAUUCAGGCCGCUCACUUUAAUGAAUCCUCUUGCUUGUGUCAGACCAUCUCCACAUAUCUGAUCCUGCCUGCUCUCUACGCUGCCUUGUUCAUCGUGGGCCUGUCUGGAAACCUCCUGUCUCUUUGGAUAUUCAUGACAAAGAUUUCCACUAAAACUCCCACCCACAUCUAUCUCAUCAACCUGGGCUUCUCGAAUCUGAUAAUGUGCCUCACCGUGCCUUUCAACGCAGCCUACUACGCUCUGGGCAGCAGUUGGCCUGCUUCCAGCCUGAAGUGCGAGUUUGUCAUAAACGUCCUGACCCCAGUUCUGCACAUCAACAUUGAAGGAGGCAUGCUGAUUCUUACUUGGCUGGCGCUAAGUCGUUUUGCUACGCUUAUCCAACAUAACUAUGGCCAACGCCCGAGCAGGUGCACUAAAUUCCUGCCCAGAAUCCUCUUAAGCAGACUGCAGAAAGCUCCAUUCGCGAUUGCCAUGUGUAUAGGAACCUGGGCCUUCGUGGUGGCGGCGAUCAUUCCCUUAGUGGUUCUCUACUCUACAAUGGAGACGGACAGAAUGGACAAUAACAGCCAACGGUCUUGUUACGGUGUUCCAGUGGAAAUUGGUGGCUCCGGCUCGCAAAUGUUCACCAUUGUAGGAAUUACCCUGUUUUUCCUCUGCUUGCUUUUGGUGAUGAGUGCCUACAUAUCCGUGAUAAGGCACAUGAAAAGGACAAAAAAUAAUAGCGCCAUCUCCGACAGACAAAAAGUCUAUUCUAAAGUGUGCCGCAACAUUUUGGUCAUCCAGAUAGUGGUGGUCAUUUGUCUCCUUCCACAUCACAUCUAUAAAGCUAUUUUCAUUGCCAUGGUAAAGAACGACUCUCAUUCUGGAGACCUUUCAGCCAAAUGCCACCCUUUUUCCAUGCGCAUAGAGGUUAAGAACAUUCUCCUCUUCCUGGCUGUUCUACGCGGCAGCAUGGACCCCCUCCUUUACUUCCUGCUGGACAAAACCUUUAAAAAGUUUGCGUGCGGCUUGUUUUGUAAAAGCUUUCAAACAAAAGAGAUCCAAUCGUCCAGGACUAUGAAUGAAUGUGGACAGCUUAAUAAGUAUGACAGUGCGAUUGAAAAACCUGCCCUGAAACACAGUGCACCUUCAUAUUCAAAAACUGAACAAACUUCUAACAAUCAGUUAACACCUAUCAUGGACAUGCAUCACACUGUACCGCAAAGGAAAACAUACCUUUAGGAAGCUACAUUCAUGUGAUGCACCCAAACCCUUCUACAGAGCUCUAAGUGCAAAAUAUGUAUUUAAAAAAAAAGGAUAUGUAUACUGUGUAAUAUUUAUAUGUAAAAAAAAAAGUGCAUCAAUACGAGUCAAAAAUGUCAGUUUACUGUAAAUGAAUGAAUUUAAAUAAUCCUUCAUUCUCAUGACUUUCCGUGCUUAUGCACAUUCUGUUUUGAAUGAAAUAUAGGGGUUUAUAGCAGACUGUGUUCUUUAGCAAACUCUUUUCGUGUUUAUCUAUUCACAACUAUUUCCUAUUAGUCAUUAGAUGUACAGAAUAAAUCGUUAUCUUUAAAAAAUCGGCCAUCUGAUUAAAGAGAAGAGGAAAAGCAAGACUGCUAUAGUCUGAUUAAAGAAUGGCUACACUGCAUGACUUUUCAUGUGCAUGUGGAGUCUCCUGAAUGAAAUUCAUACUAAGAAGUGUGAGCAACAGUAUAAUAUUAAGCUUGAAAUUAGUUAAAGAAAUAUCUAAAAACAGAUGUGUGUUAUAAUGAAUGCCAUAGAAUAAUGAGAAAUAUGACGUGCCACUAUUCGAAAUACAGCAUCAUCACUUUCCAAGAAAAACAGUUGGGUUGCUCAGCAACAAGUGUCAAUGCCAGUCAUCUAUCAGUGCUCCUCGGUUCUACACUAAUUAUAAAAAUCAGCCAGGACGCAAAUUGUUUUUGUAAUAUAGCAAGUCAAAAGGUUCAUCCAAGACUUUUCUCUUCGUCUCAACUAUCAAUGUGCUAAAAAGUGUGUGCACAUGUGAAGCAUUACCAUUUUUUACAACCUCAAUAUGUACAAUAAAAAUCUUUUUGACGCACUAUAACAGUUUUUCCAUUUAUAGUGGAAUAUAUAUCAUUUCUAUGCUUGAGUAAUUGUAUCUUUUUAUAAGGUAAGGGGUUUUGGAUAUUACACUCACAUUACAAAUCUGAUUAAAAGUACACUCGUUCUAUUUUGCUAUGAUUGUGACCACCACAUUUCAGUUUAUAAAUGACUUCUCGGAGUGUUUCUUUUGUCUGUGGAAUAAUGCUGCUAUCACCAUUCUAAAAGCAACCUGAAAGAGAAGAGGAAGCGACACUUUGCUGCCAACGUAAUACUUCAAUAACACACUGUUCCAGAUAUUUGAUUGAUUUGAUCAGUGUAUAUAUCUGGAACAGUGUGUUAUUGAUAUAUACACUGAUUUGAUCAUUUCUCCACACACAACAAUGCAAUCUCUUGUUUCUGAGAAGAUA